GUUUUGGCUUCAGAUUGUAACUUCCUGGAAAGCUGGAUCAGAAGCCAUCAUUGCUGUUGAUAAUGUCUCUCUCAGCCUGGACUGUUACUUAACAAUUAAUGAAGAGAGGACACAUCGAGACAGAAGCCCAGAUGUAGGCAACCUGUCAGUCGAAAGGCGUGGUCAUGAAAGGGAAGCCGGGAGUCCAGGAAGCCCAAAGCUCUUUUACAAUGGCACAGUUGACCUGGCAGUUCAUUGGCUGUUCACCACUUGCGGUGCCAGCGGACCUGAAGGGCCCAUCCAGACCCAAUGCAAUGAUGCCUAUAGGAAUUCCAACCUCAGUGUAGUGGUAGGGACAGAGGAAAAUUUCCCAGGCGUUCAGAUUUGGAGAGUGCCUGAAACCAAUACUUACAGCAUCUCAGUGUAUGGGGCAGCUGGUGGCAAAGGGAAAAACACCAUAAUGAGGUCACACGGUGUUUAUGUGGUGGGGAUUUUUAAACUCCAAAAGAACGAUGCCUUAUAUAUUUUGGUUGGGCAGCAAGGAGAAGAUGCUUGUCCUAGUACCAACCACAUCAUACAGAAAGUCUGCAUUGGUGAGAAUAAUGUGGUUGAAGAGGAAAUUACAGCAAAUAAGACCAUCCAUGAAUGGGCAGGAGGAGGUGGUGGCGGUGGAGGAGCAACUUAUAUAUUUAAGAUGGAGAAUGGAAAGCCAGUGCCCUUGAUCAUUGCAGCAGGAGGAGGUGGCAGGGCCUACAGGGCAAAAGCAUAUACAGUUCACCCAGAAAGGCUGGAGAAUGAUACAAGUGUCCCAGGAGUCAGUGGAAAACCAGGAGCGGCAGGUGGUGGAGGUGGCUGGAAUGAUAACACUUCCUUCCUCUGGUCGGGAAAGUCCUUGCUGGAAGGCGCUACCGGUGGAAAAUCCUGCCCCCAGGCCACGAAGAAGUGGGGGUGGGAGACAAGAGGGGGUUUCGGAGGGGGUGGAGGGGGGUGCUCCUCAGGUGGAGGAGGCGGAGGAUAUAUAGGUGGCAAUGCAGCAGAACUUAAUGAUCCAGAGAUGGAUGGAGAGGAUGGUGUAUCUUUUAUUAAUAGCAAAUAUGGUUCAUUGUAUACCCCAGCUUUAAAAGUGACAGAAGGACAUGGAGAAGUUGACAUUAGGCUGCAUGUGAAUUGUAGCCACUGUUAUAGUGACAUGUGCCAUGUGGAUCCGAAGACCCUAGAAAUUAUUUGCAGUUGUGCUCAUGGGUAUAUGUUGGCUGAUGAUGGCGACUCUUGCAUAGCUGAACCGAUACUGCCUGAUAAUGGUCCCCCUCUCUCCUUGGUCUUGUCUGUACUAACAUCAGCCCUGGUUGCUGCACUCAUUCUUGCCUUCUCGGGGAUCAUGAUAGUGUACCGCCGGAAACAUCAGGAACUGCAAGCCAUGCAAAUGGAGUUACAAAGUCCUGAAUACAAACUGAGCAAGCUGCGCACCUCCACCAUUAUGACUGACUACAACCCCAAUUAUUGCUUUGCAGGAAAGACCACGUCUAUUAGUGACCUCAAAGAGGUGCCUCGGAAAAAUAUUUCUCUGAUAAGAGGACUGGGCCAUGGAGCUUUUGGGGAGGUAUAUGAAGGUCAAGUGGUUGGAAUCCCCAGUGACCCCAGUCCAUUGCAAGUAGCUGUCAAAACUUUACCAGAGGUUUGUUCUGAGCAAGAUGAGUUGGAUUUCCUCAUGGAAGCUCUUAUAAUCAGCAAGUUCAACCAUCAGAAUAUUGUGCGCUGCAUUGGAGUUAGCUUGCAAGCGCUGCCACGCUUUAUUCUGCUGGAGCUCAUGGCUGGAGGAGACUUGAAAUCUUUCCUGAGGGAAACACGGCCUAGACCGAGCCAUCCUUCCUCCCUGACCAUGUUGGACUUGCUUCAUGUGGCUCGUGACAUUGCUUGUGGCUGUCAGUAUUUGGAAGAAAAUCACUUCAUCCACAGAGACAUUGCUGCUCGAAAUUGCCUUCUCACUUGUAAAGGACCUGGGAGAAUAGCGAAGAUUGGAGAUUUUGGGAUGGCCCGGGACAUAUACAGGGCCAGCUACUAUAGAAAAGGGGGAUGUGCAAUGCUGCCAGUCAAGUGGAUGCCACCUGAAGCCUUCAUGGAAGGGAUAUUCACAUCUAAAACAGAUACCUGGUCAUUUGGAGUGUUGCUGUGGGAAAUAUUCUCUCUUGGAUAUAUGCCCUAUCCCAGCAAAAGUAACCAGGAGGUUCUGGAGUUCGUGACAAAUGGAGGAAGGAUGGACCCACCCAAAAACUGCCCAGGCCCUGUGUAUCGGAUAAUGACUCAGUGCUGGCAACACCAGCCUGAAGAUAGGCCAAACUUUGCUAUAGUAUUGGAGAGGAUUGAAUACUGCACCCAGGAUCCGGAUGUAAUCAACACUGUUUUACCUGUGGAAUAUGGUCCAUGCAUUGAAGAAGAAGAAAAGGUCCCAGUGCGCCCUGAAGACCCUGAAGCAAUUCCUCCUCUGCUCGUCUUGCCACAGCAAGACAAAAAGAUUGCUGAACAGCUCUUGCCUUCCCCACCCUCUUUGGCCAUAGCCAUUCCUGCAGCAAAACCACAAGUGAAAGCAGUCAGGGCAGAGCCAUCCAUCCAUGCUAAUACACAAGCGGCCCUGGAAGGGGGACAUGUCAACAUGGCAUACACUCAGUCCAAUCCCUCAACGGAGCUACACAAAGGGCGGGGAUCCAGAAACAAGCCCACCAAUCUCUGGAACCCAACAUAUGGCUCCUGGUUUUCAGAGAAGCCAGUUGUCAAAAACAAUUCACAGGCAGAAAAAGAGGCAACUGAGAGGGAAGGUUCGGGUCAUGAAGGGAACUGUACUUUGGGACCCAGCAUUGUGACUGGAAGGCUGCCAAGCUCCUCCCUUCUUCUCGAACCAUCUUCGCUGACAGCCACUGUUAAGGAAGUGCCUCUGUUCAGGCUCCGCCAUUUCCCCUGCGGAAAUGUUAACUACGGAUACCAACAACAGGGCUUGCCCUUGGAAAUCUCGGCCCCACUGUGCCAGCAGUUAUGAGGACCCUCUCCUUCGGAACAAGAUCCAUGUAACUCACCAGGGGCCUUGAAGGCCCCCUGCCCUCUGGACUCAUGA